AUGGGCGGCGUGUACGUCAACGGGCGGCCGCUGCCGGACCACAUCCGCCACAAGAUCGUAGAGAUGGCCCACUCUGGCGUGCGUUCCUGCGACAUCUCCCGCAUCCUCCAAGUGUCCAAUGGCUCUCUCUGGUGUCUCCUUGCAGGCCACAGCGGCAUAAACCAACUGGGGGGCGUGUAUGUGAAUGGGCGCCCCCUACCCGACUCCACGCGGCAGAAGAUCGUGGAGCUGGCCCACUCGGGCGCCAGGCCUUGCGACAUCUCCCGCAUUCUCCAGGUGUCCAAUGGCUGCGUCUCCAAGAUCCUGGCCAGGUACUACGAGACGGGCUCCAUCAAGCCCCGGGCCAUCGGCGGCUCCAAGCCCCGAGUGGCGACGCCUCACGUGGUCACCAAGAUCGCGGACUACAAGCGCGAGUGCCCGAUCUUCGCCUGGAGAUCCGGGCUUCUCUCCGAGGGCGUCUGCACGAACGACAACAUCCCCAGCGUGUCCUCCAUCAACCGAGUUCUUCGCAACAUCAACACCACGAAGGAGCCCACGCCCACGCAAGACCCGAUGUACGAUAAGUUACGCCUUCUGAAUGGACAGGCAGAGCGCGGACGGAUUACAGGAUCCCACCACCACAUCACCCCUCUCAACCCACCCACCGCUCAUCACCCUCAACACCCACCCCCCCCCUAACCACCCCCCCUUACCCCUUCUCCCACAGGCGAUGGCGGGGAACUGAGCGAAGACAGCAACGCAGGAAGUAGUGAGAAUAGCAAUAGCGAAGAUCAGGCAAGAUUACAUCUCAAGAGGAAGUUGCAGAGAAACAGAACUUCCUUCACCAACGACCAGAUCGACAGUUUGGAAAAAGAGUUCGAGCGCACUCACUACCCGGAUGUGUUCGCCCGCGAGAGAUUGGCGGCCAAGAUCGGUCUCCCAGAAGCUAGGAUACAGGUUUGGUUCAGUAACCGACGGGCAAAAUGGCGGAGGGAAGAGAAGUUGCGGAACCAAAGACGUGCAGCUGAGGGAGUCGCGCCGUCCUCGCCCACCAGGAUCGUCAACAACUCGUUCACGCCCACGCCCAUGUAUACACCGCUGCCUCCGCCGCCCAUGUCCGUGGCCGAUACGUAUGGCUCCAUGACGGGGCCCGGGGGCGGCUUCGGCAUGGCCUCGAGCGUGGGCGUCGCAGCCACCAGCCCCAACUGCCUCGGCUCGCAGCAACCGCCCACGGGCGUGCACGCGGGGACGGGCGCGGGACUCACAAGAGAACAGGCACACGCCCACAACCCUUACAUGAGCCGCCCAUACGACCCUCUCUAUUCGCACGCCCGCGCUUCGCCCACCUGCCCGCCCAUGCUCUACCACCACGCCUCCCACCACCACCACCAAUCCCACGCCCACGAGUACAAUACGCCAACACCACCCAACUCCCAAGCUGGUCUCCUCUCUCCCGGCGUGUCCGUUCCCCUCGCCGUGCCAGGCCAGAACCACGACAUGAGUGCGCAGUAUUGGACGAGGCUACAGUAACUACGCAACUACGCACACACACGUCCAUAGAGGGGAAAUAACGUUCGUGUGGAUAUAGGUCCG